AUGCUAGCUGUGGCUUUUCUGAAGGAUAUUCUGAAAUAUUUAAAUGCGCUCAACAUAGAGUUACAAGGGAAUGGGAAAUUAAUAUGUGAUUUGAUACAAAGCAUGUCUGCUUUUCGCCAUAAGCUGGAUAUUUUUGAAAAAGAUAUUGCAAGGCAUGAAUUUAUUCAUUUCCCAACAAUUCUUGAGUAUAAAAAAGGGAACUCUGAAGAAGACAUUGCAGUGUUUGUAAGAUUUCUGUCCGAUAUAAGGGAUGAAUUUGCUACAAGAUUUCAAGACUUUGCAGAAACUGGAAAGCUGUCUCAAUUCCUAAAAUUUCCUUAUGAAGUUGAUGCAUUGGCAGAAUGGACUGACGUGGCUGCUAAGUUAUUCAGCGUUUCAAAGUCUUCACUUCAAGUGGAGAUAAUCGACUUGCAAGAAGAUAUUUCUUUGCAAAUGUAUAAAACUGUAUCCACUGAAGAAUUUUGGGGUAAACAUGUUUCAGAAAAAUAUGAAAAUUGUAAGAAAGUAUCUAUCAAUCUGGCCACUAUGUUUGGUUCAACGUAUAUAUGCGAAUCGUCGUUCUCGAAAAUGAAUUUUUCAAAGAACACAUAUCGGUCAAGGUUGAUGGACGCCCACUUCGAAGACAUACUUCGCAUUUGCUGUACCCCUCGUACACCGAACUUUAAAAAACUGGCUGAAGACCAUCGAUGUAAUUUCUCACACUGA